AAACAAUUGCUUUUUAUGUUACAUCACACAAACAAAAAACCAGCAAACGAUCCAUUCUUAAGGUCCCAAAACAGAUUGGAUUACAUUGCAUGAUCCGUUGUUAAUUUUGAGCUUAUACUACUGCUUUGUUUGUCUCUUUUUUGCUGCUUUCUUAAUUAGUUCCUCAACCAAUCCCAUUAAAUUCUCUUCAUUCAAUGCUAGAAUUUAAGGCCCUCUUCCCUCGCCUGCAAAAUUAGGUGUGUGUGUGUGCGCAUGAGAGAGAGAGAGAGAGAGAGACACCAAAGGUCAUUUCUUGAGGUUUUUGCUAGAGUAGUUCGCUAAGGAGAGAAAGAGAAAUAAAAAGUGAUGACUGUUUUUACCUUCAAAGUCUUCAACGACCUCUCAGGGCAUUAAUGGUACUGCAUCUGAUUGUUAGAGAUAGAGAGAGAGAUACAGAAAGAGCAAUGGUGUAACUUCAAGAAACAGUCUGUCCUUAAUAAUUGCCUUUCAAUACGUUUCACCUAUAAAUCUCCUUUAUCACUACACUUCGUUUCUGUACUACUCUUACCAUUUUCUUCUCCUUUUUCUCUCUGCAUUUCUCUUAAAAGAUUACACCCAAAACCUACUCCAUUUCUUUGCUUGCUUGUACAGUUCUGCUCAUUUUGAAAAACCCAUAACAAAGCUCCAUUUUUUCAAGAAAGCAAGAAUCUGGGUUUUUGUUUUUGUGUCCAUUUUAAUCACUUUUCGCCCUUAAUAUUCUUCAAAGGUACGUACGUGUCUUUUCUUUUUUCUUUCCUUCUUCACAUGCUCGUAUUCGUCUAUACUAUGGAUGUAUCUACGGCGUUAAUGCUUUUCUCUGCCGUUACUGCUUAUCUUUUGUGGUUCACUUUCAUCUCACGGUCGUUAAAGGGCCCACGUGUCUGGCCGUUGUUGGGUAGUCUUCCCGGCUUGAUCGAGAAUUGUGACCGCAUGCAUGACUGGAUCUGUGACAAUCUCCGCGCGUGUGGUGGGACGUACCAAACUUGCAUCUGUGCUAUUCCUUUUCUUGCUAAGAAGCAAGGUCUCGUGACUGUCACGUGUGACCCGAGAAAUAUUGAGCACAUCUUGAAAACCCGCUUCGACAAUUACCCUAAAGGUCCCACGUGGCAAGCCGUAUUCCAUGAUUUGCUAGGUGAAGGGAUCUUUAACUCCGAUGGCGACACCUGGCUGUUUCAACGCAGGACUGCCGCACUUGAAUUCACCACCAGGACUCUUCGCCAAGCUAUGGCUCGAUGGGUGAGCCGGGCUAUAAAGUUGAGAUUCUGCCCUAUUCUUGAAACGGCUCAACUCAAAGCCGAGCCUGUUGAUCUUCAAGACACAUUGCUCCGUCUCACUUUUGAUAAUAUAUGCGGCUUGGCUUUUGGCCAGGAUCCACAGACGUGCGCGCCGGGACUCCCUGAUAACAGCUUCGCUUUGGCUUUUGACCAAGCCACAGAAGCCUCUCUUCAACGGUUUAUUUUGCCUGAAGUUUUGUGGAAGUUUAAAAAAUGGCUUCGGCUUGGCAUGGAAGUGGACUUAAGCCGAAGCCUUACUCAGCUUGACGAGUACUUAACGGCCGUUAUCAACGCACGUAAGAAAGAGUUAUUAAACCAACAAAAAGACGGAAAUUUGCAUGACGAUUUGCUGUCAAGAUUCAUGAAGAAAAAGGAAUCCUACUCAGACACAUUUCUUCAACACGUAGCACUCAAUUUCAUCUUAGCUGGACGUGACACGUCAUCAGUUGCAUUGAGCUGGUUCUUUUGGUUGAUCAUCCAAAACCCAUCAGUGGAAGAGAAAAUCUUGGAUGAAAUAUGCACCGUUUUGAAUGAGACACGUGGUGCUGACGUGUCAAAAUGGGUUAAUGAGCCACUAGGGUUUGAAGAAGUUGAUCGUUUGAUCUACUUAAAAGCAGCAUUAUCAGAAACCCUAAGGCUUUAUCCUUCUGUUCCUGAAGACUCAAAGCAUGUUGUGGCCGACGAUGUGUUACCGGACGGAACAUUCGUGCCGGCUGGCUCAUCGGUGACUUACUCGAUAUAUGCAACAGGGAGAAUGAGGUCAACUUGGGGCGAUGAUUGCUUGGAGUUUAAACCAGAGAGAUGGCUAUCAGAAGACGGAAAGAAUUUUAUGAAGCAUGACUCUUAUAAAUUUGUAGCGUUCAAUGCAGGUCCAAGAAUAUGCUUAGGAAAACAUUUGGCAUAUUUGCAAAUGAAGUCAGUGGCGGCGGCACUGCUGCUCCGGCACCGGAUAACGUUGGUACCGGGGCACAAGGUAGAGCAGAAGAUGUCACUAACAUUGUUCAUGAAAGACGGGCUUAAGGUGAAUGUGCAUAAAAGAAACUUAGAAGGAACUGCAGCAAGAGUAAUUACGAGGAAUAAUUUGGUCAGGAAUAAUAAUGAGGGAAGGGAUGGCGUUAGAUGUAACGGAGUUAGUGAGAGUGGAGAAGAGGAGGUAGUUGGUGUAGUUUAAGGUUAUUGAUGAAGGGUUGGUGUGUUUGGUAAUGGACACAGAGAGAAAUUGAGUAUUCAGAGGUUGAACAUUGCAUGUGGAGAAGGGUACGUAUUUGAGGGCCAUCUGAUAUUAUGUUUCUCACGAGUUCUGAAGGGUACACAAAAGAGUUGAUAGAGAGCUAUAUUUACAUCCAUAUAUAUAUAUAUAUAUAUAUACAUAUAUAUAUUCAUCAUUUAUACACACUACUGUCAUAAAUCAUCAACUUAUAGCUGAGUUUCUUCCAUUUAAUUGUUGGAGAGCAAAGGAGAGAAAGUGGAAGAGUAGAGUGAGUUUUUUGAACUAACUCUCUUUGCUUUUGUUUUGAUGGCAAUCUUUAUUUUUAAGAAUUUUUCUAAAUUCUUUAUUUAUGUAAUUGUUUAUUUUUAUUAAUUUGUGUCUCCGCCUCAAAGUUUGUCUUCCUAUAUCUUUGAUAUUUGUAAUUGCAUUGAAGAUAUGAAAAUAAUGCUUAUUGUUGAUAGUCA